CGACCAUGAGACGAGUGUGAAGCCGCUACCGGCACACCCUAAAACAAACCCAGAAAUCCAACCCAGAAUGAUUUCUCUACUUCCUUUUUUGUGUAUGUUGGCCAGUAUGGCUUCGCCGAGUCGCUCAUUUACGAUAAGCGCAACGCGCAACCUCUACCAAAAUCCCAAUCCGUUUCGAUGUCGAUCGACGCCGCAUCGUGUGCCAACGCUUCUCGGCAGUUCUUUUUACGGAAAUUUUGAUGCAGACGAGGAUGAGGAAGAAGACGACGAUGACGAAGACGAUGACUUCCAGGAUCUCGACGAUGACGCUGUGGCAGAUUUUCGCAGCAAAAUGUCCAAUCUCUUUGGCGAUGGCACAGGUUCAUCUUCCUCAGAGAAUGCGCCGACUACUGCUGGUGGAACAGACAGCUCUAGUGUGGAGAGCAAAAUUGACGAUCUGAUCACUUUUGCCCGUUCCCAGGACGGAUCGACCGGUUCUGUCUCUACGGACUGGUCCGAGCCCGUCAGUUCCAUACAAAAGGGCAUGGUGCUAUUGGCCAAUCCGGAGCAAUUUUGCAGUGAUUUUGGGGGCGGACGCCGGAAAAUGCCCAGCCCCAAGCUUCUGGCUAAGUUUGGGUUGACCUUGCCUCCGCCAGCAGAUUUGGGACCCGAUCGACGUGCGGACUUGCUACCCGUGCUCAUUGUCGUGGAAUGCGGUGAAGGCAGUCGCGUUCGAGCUGUGCUUCUCAAUCGCCGCACCGGGUAUUUAUUGGGCGAUCUCGAACAAGCCGAUACCAACCUCGGCAGCACGAGUAGUAAGAAGGCUCCAACACCGGUCUUGGAAAAGUUCUGCAUUCAACCGCUCUGGUUUGGAGGAGUCGACAAUGUUUCGGCGGGCCUCGACAUGCUGCACCAGUGUCCGACCGUCCCCGACGCGGAGCCUCUCUCAGACGAAGGUUUGUACUGGGGUGGUGAUCCCGCUCUCGCACAAGACGCCAUGGAUGAAGUCACAGACAAGGUGUUGACCGGUUUUGAUUUCAAAUUCUUUGUCCAGAGCACCGUCUGGGGCAGUUCGAAGGAAUUGCAAAAGGAAAUCGACAAUGGGACUUGGUUUACGGCACGGGUCUCGAAAGAAGUGUUGUUCAAAUCGCGGGACCGGAUGGGCACCCGACGAGCUAAGCCGCUGUGGACCGAAGUUAUGGAAUUGUUGGGUGGAAAGUACAAGGAUACUCGAGAUAUGCUGUACGACCAAGACUCAUAGCGCUAACAGCAAAGGAGUUUGAGUAUACUUCGUUCAAGGUGCUAUAAAUAGUAACUUCAGCUAUCACUUU